AAGCCCGUUGGCGGUCACGGGGCGCAGGCGCAAGCGGCGAACGGGACAUGCGCGGUGAACUGCGACCCGCGGCGGGGGUUGCCCGAAGCUCCUGCAGACGCGCGUUGGCUGCUCGGCUGUUGCGGGAAGGCGCGGAGCGGUCCGCUGACUGCAGCGUGGCCACAGCAGCUGCGCCGCGCCACUUCCGCCCCCCUCCCUCCUUCCCUCCCGUGAAGCCGGACAGCUGGGGCCGGAGUCGGAGCUGAAGGAAGCGUUAGCGUGGCGGCAAGGCGCGGGGGUGAAGGCCGCAACAUGGCGAGCGCCUCCUACCACAUCUCCAACCUGCUGGAGAAGAUGACGUCCAGCGACAAGGACUUCAGAUUCAUGGCAACCAAUGACUUGAUGACAGAAUUGCAAAAAGAUUCCAUUAAGCUGGAUGAUGACAGUGAACGAAAAGUGGUUAAGAUGAUCUUGAAGUUACUGGAAGACAAGAAUGGUGAAGUACAGAAUCUUGCAGUUAAAUGUCUUGGCCCAUUGGUCAGCAAAGUAAAGGAAUAUCAGGUGGAAACAAUUGUGGAUACCUUGUGUACCAAUAUGCUGUCAGACAAGGAACAACUGCGAGAUAUUUCCAGUAUUGGACUGAAAACAGUGAUUGGAGAACUGCCUCCAGCUUCUAGUGGAUCAGCUUUGGCAGCUAAUGUUUGUAAAAAGAUAACAGGACGUCUCACUAAUGCCAUUGCCAAACAGGAAGAUGUCUCUGUUCAAUUGGAAGCACUGGAUAUCAUGGCAGAUAUGCUAAGCAGGCAAGGAGGUCUGCUGGUUAAUUUCCACCCAUCAAUUUUGAACUGCCUUCUUCCACAGCUUACCAGUCCCCGACUUGCUGUACGAAAGAGAACUAUUAUUGCCCUUGGUCACCUCGUUAUGAGCUGUGGAAACUUGGUCUUUGUUGACCUGAUUGAGCAUUUGUUGACAGAACUUGCCAAAAAUGAAUCCAUGUCUACAACCAGGACCUAUAUUCAGUGUAUUGCUGCUAUUAGCAGACAGGCAGGGCACCGAAUAGGAGAAUAUCUGGAGAAAAUCAUUCCAUUAGUUGUUAAGUUCUGCAGUGUUGAAGAUGAUGAGCUGAGAGAAUACUGCAUUCAAGCCUUUGAGUCAUUUGUAAGAAGGUGCCCAAAGGAAGUUUUUCUUCAUGUCACCACAAUCAUUAACUUAUGCCUGAGGUACUUGACUUAUGACCCGAAUUAUAAUUAUGACGACGACGACGACGACGAUGAUGCUGCAAUGGAAUCCGAAGGUGGAGAUGAUGAUGAUCAAGGAAGUGAUGAUGAGUACAGUGACGAUGAUGAUAUGAGCUGGAAGGUGCGUCGUGCUGCUGCCAAGUGUUUAGAUGGUGUGGUUAGCACUCGUCAUGAAAUGCUACCAGAAUUUUACAAAACUGUAUCUCCAGCGCUGAUUGCCAGAUUCAAAGAACGUGAGGAAAAUGUUAAAGCAGAUGUUUUCCAUGCCUAUCUCUCACUGCUAAAACAGACCAGACCUGCUCAGAGCUGGCAUCUUGACCCAGAUGCAAUGGAACAAGAAGAGACACCUUUGGUAAUGCUUCAGAAUCAAGUUCCCAAUAUUGUAAAAGCUUUACAUAAGCAGAUGAAAGAGAAGAGUGUGAAGACCCGCCAGUGCUGCUUUCACAUGCUGACUGAGCUGGUCAAUGUGUUGCCUGGUGCUUUGACCCAGCAUGUACCGGUUCUUGUUCCAGGAAUAAUCUUUUCCUUGAAUGAUAAAUCUAGCUCAUCCAACCUGAAAAUUGAUGCUCUUUCGUGUUUGUAUGUCAUCCUUUGUAACCACUCACCUCAGGUCUUCCACCCUCAUGUAGAUGCCUUAGUUCCACCAGUUGUAGCUUGUGUGGGUGAUCCUUUCUAUAAGAUCACUUCAGAAGCUCUUCUUGUAACUCAGCAACUUGUAAAAGUAGUAAGGCCUGUUGAUCAUCUCUACACAUUUGAUGCUGCUCCAUAUAUUAAUGACUUAUUCACUUGCACAGUCAAGCGAUUAAAAGCUGCUGACAUUGAUCAAGAGGUGAAGGAAAGAGCCAUUUCCUGUAUGGGACAAAUAAUAUGUAAUCUUGGUGACCAUUUAGGCAGUGACUUACCUAGUACACUGCAGAUUUUCUUGGAGAGGCUGAAGAAUGAAAUUACUAGACUGACAACAGUGAAAGCCUUGACGUUAAUAGCUGGAUCUUCUCUCAAGAUUGACCUGCGACCAAUACUGGGUGAAGGUGUACCAAUUUUAGCUUCGUUCUUGAGAAAGAACCAGCGGGCAUUGAAACUGAGUACCCUUUCUGCUUUGGACAUUUUAAUCAAGAACUAUAGUGACAGCCUGACACCUGCCAUGAUUGAAGCAGUCUUAGUGGAGCUUCCACCACUUAUUAGUGAAAGUGACAUGCAUGUGUCACAGAUGGCCAUAAGUUUUCUUACAACCUUGGCCAAGGUGCAUCCAUCCUCUCUUUCAAAAGUCAGUGGUUCAAUUCUUACAGAGCUUAUUGGGCUUGUUCGGUCCCCACUACUUCAAGGAGGAGCUCUUAGUGCAAUGCUGUAUUUCUUCCAAGCCCUUGUUGGGACUGGAACUGCAAAUUUGGGUUAUAUGGAGUUGUUACGAAUGCUGACUGGUCCAGUUUAUUCUCAAAGCAAUGCGUUGACUCACAAGCAGUCCUAUUAUUCGAUUGCAAAGUGUGUAGCAGCACUGACUCGAGCCUGCCCCAAAGAAGGACCAGCAGUGGUUGGGCAGUUUAUCCAGGAUGUAAAGAAUUCCAGAUCCACUGAUUCUAUUCGACUCUUGUCUUUACUGUCUCUUGGAGAGGUUGGUCAUCACAUUGACUUAAGUGGGCAAACUGAGCUUAAGUCUGUAAUUUUAGAAGCUUUCUCUUCCUCAAGCGAGGAGGUGAAAUCUGCAGCAUCCUAUGCCCUUGGAAGCAUUAGUGUGGGAAACCUUCCUGAGUACCUACCUUUUGUACUGCAAGAAAUUACAAGUCAACCCAAAAGACAGUACCUACUUCUGCAUUCUCUGAAAGAAAUUAUUAGUUCCUCUUCAGUUGGAGGUCUCAAACCAUAUGUAGAAAAUAUUUGGAAUUUGCUGCUGAAACACUGUGAAUGUGCAGAAGAAGGAACUCGAAACGUCGUUGCAGAAUGCCUGGGCAAGCUUACUUUGAUAGAUCCAGAGACAUUAUUACCACGGCUUAAAGGGUACUUGGACUCGGGGUCUUCCUAUGCUCGAAGCUCUGUGGUUACAGCUGUGAAGUUUACUAUUUCUGAUCACCCGCAGCCAAUAGACCCUCUGUUGAAGAACUGUAUAGGAGAUUUCUUAAAAACAUUGGAGGAUCCAGAUCUCAAUGUUAGAAGAGUAGCUUUAGUUACUUUCAAUUCAGCUGCACAUAAUAAACCGUCAUUAAUCAGGGAUCUCUUGGAUACCAUUCUUCCUCAUCUUUACAAUGAAACAAAAGUCAGGAAGGAAUUAAUAAGAGAGGUGGAAAUGGGACCAUUCAAGCAUACUGUGGACGAUGGUCUGGAUAUUAGGAAAGCGGCUUUUGAAUGCAUGUACACACUUCUGGACAGCUGUCUUGAUAGAUUAGACAUUUUUGAAUUCCUAAACCAUGUUGAAGAUGGACUCAAGGACCACUAUGAUAUCAAGAUGCUGACUUUCUUGAUGUUAGUACGAUUGUCAACUCUUUGUCCAAGUGCAGUUCUGCAGAGGUUGGACAGGCUGGUGGAACCUUUACGUGCUACAUGUACAACAAAGGUAAAAGCCAAUUCAGUCAAACAAGAGUUUGAGAAGCAAGAUGAACUGAAACGCUCGGCAAUGAGGGCAGUUGCAGCAUUAUUGACCAUUCCAGAAGCAGAGAAAAGUCCACUCAUGAGUGAGUUUCAGUCUCAAAUAAGCUCCAACCCUGAACUGGCAGCUAUCUUUGAGAGUAUUCAGAAGGACUCAUCUUCUACUAGCUUGGAGUCGAUGGACACUACCUAAAUCUUUUCUUCCAAAGAAGGAAACUCUAAUUUUAUUGUUGUAAUGCACUGGAAUUUCAGUCAGUACCCAAGCAAAAAAAAAUCUGUACUUCGAGCUUUAAGCUUAUGAAUUUUUUUUUGUUUCAUGGAAAUUCUAGUUUUUAUUGUUGCUUUUUUAGUGUUUAACCCAGAAAAUCCUUGUAGUUAAAAGUGGAAAAAAAAUGUAAAUUACACAGAAUACUUCAUUGUCAUACCACAUCCAACUCAGCAGUAUUUUAAGAGGUAAAGCAAUUGUAGAAGUAGAUUGUGUAUAGGUAUGCGAUAAAGAUACUGGUGCGCUGAAUGAAUGAACUUGGAAUAUAAAUGUUGAACUUUACUCUUGGGAGAUUUUCUUUAAGGAGACUUAAUGGCAUUCACCUUAUUAUUUGACAUAUUUUGUAAGGGGUAAAAAAAGGAAAAAAAAAAGGUCUGUUUAUCUGUCUACUGUUUUUGUUUCAGCUUGCUAAACAAUAGUUAAAAGAAUUCUGCAUUGUGAGAUUAAAAUAGUUGGUACAGUUCUUAAAUCAUAGAUUCGUACUUCCAAUUCUUGGAAUAACACAAUUAUUUCUAUGAAUGCUUCAAUAAUCCAUGAGACAUUCCAAAAUGUAACAUGAAAUUUGUGUUUUUGUUUAGAAUACACAGCGUAACCUCAGAAGAUUUUAUUCUGUGCACCACUAAAGCCUUUAUUUUUUUUCUAUUUGAUCUUAUUAUACAUUCAAAUAUCUUUUUUCCAAGUUAAGUAGAAUAAAUCUUCAUUGAAAUUCUAGAUUGGGUCCAACUCUAAUAGAAAGACAUUGACCUGAGAAGUCUCACUUUAGUCUGGUUGAUCACAGCAUUGGGAUAAAUACUUCACUUGUAUGCUAGUUUAUAAAUUCCUCAAAGCAACUUUGCAACAAAACAUCUUGUGUCUCUGAACAAUAGAGUCAAUGUCAGUUUCACUUGAAAUGGACUGAGUUUCUUUAUUUGAUCCAUGUUGUUUAGGAAUCUUGGAAUGUAUCUGUUUAUUCUGGUGAUUGCUGGAGCCAUAAUGAGUGGAUAAAGCAUUGAAAAUACUAAGCUUAGGUUGAUUCAGGCACUUGAAUAGUUCAUUUCCUGUAGGAAAACCUCCCACAUGGUUUUAUGAGGGAUUAAAAAAAAUGUUAAACAGGAAUUUAAGGGUAAGGAAGAAGACAGUGGGGUGGAAAUUUUAAAAAAAGUGACAUCAAAGAAGCUGUUGUUUUUGAAUGGUACAGGUGAGGUGGAAGAAGAUUAUAUUGUCUGUGUGCUUGUUCAUUCAGGCGGGGGUAAAAUUGUGCUGUAUAAAGCAAGGUCACACUGCUCUUAAUUCUACUUCCGGUAUUCAAAUUCUAAGAAUGCUGCAUUUCUCUCUGUGAUUUGUUACAUCUUGUGUAUAUAAUUAUUUACAUUUUAGAAGAUGACUCCAUUACAAACAAAUUGAAUUUUUUAUUACAUAUUUCCAACAAUGUCACUAUAUGUUCCACAAUUUCCAUUGCAGUGUUAACAUUGAGUGGUUGGGCUUAUUCUGUAAUAUGCUUGAUAAAGAAAUUUAAAUUAAAUAGCCAUAUUCUGUGAGCUAAUGGCCAACUUGAAUAUUUGAGUUCUGUUUUGCCAUCAAACAGAUUUCUGUUUGCUUCAAAUGGUUACAGUGGCUUUUUCAAUAACAGCUAAGCAUCUGUUUUGGUUAAAAGGAUAACUGUUCAUUAGUAGCAAAGCUAUUAUGGUAUUAUCUUUUCCCUUGAAUAGAUGAAGAGAGGGAAUGACAUUUCUCUCAAAGUUGCAAUUUUUAAAUUCAGCAUUGAAAGUAAACUUGCUGUGCAUCUAGGGUCUUGAUCCAAGAUUACAAUUCCUAGCUGGAUUACAUUGUACCAUUUGAGUCUAAGUGCAUGGAUACAUUCAUUUAUCUCUGUACUGCAGAUCGAAAUUUCACGUUUGCUUCUUUGUACAAGGACAGAUUGUUGCUCUUUGCUUUGUACAGCAGGUAUUUGAAAUAUUAUUUGAUGCAGUAAUGCUGAUCAGUAAUGUUGUGGGGGGCCAAAGAUAGUAUUGGAUUUGUUAUAAACUGCUAUGUUGUACAUGUCAGAGGUUAAUGGUCUGUGAAGUCACAAUUUUGUUCUUUAGUAGCACUCUUUGAUGCCAAUGGUGCUCAUGAAUUAUGCAUUAAUGUCCUUGGUUUAUUCAUUUUAAUUCUGUCCUCAGAUUUACAAUUAUUCUGGGUGGGUGUGGAUUUAGUAUAUUGGGACUCGUGUACAUUUUAUUAGUUGAUGUGUUU